CACUCUCACUCACCCUCUCCUUCUCUCACUCACCCUCUCCUACUCUCACUCUCUCAGCGUCACCGUCGCGACGCCGACCCACUCACCCACUGACCCUCUCAGCCUCACCGGUCUGACCCCUGUCUCUCUCAAACCCCUCUCUCAGUCUCCGACCCACUCUCACUCACCCUCUCCUUCUCUCACUCUCUCAGCGUCACCGUCGCCGACGCCGGCCCCAACCCACUCACCCUCUCAGCCUCACCGCUCAAUCACCCUCUCACUCUCUCGCUCACCAACCCACUGUCGCACGUCCCUGUCACCCUCUCUACUCUCUCACUCGCCCUCUGCUGUAACUCAGUCUCCACCAUCUGAAAGAAAAAGAAGAAAAAAAGUAUGGCUGCUGCAAAUGCUGGACGCAUUGACUAUACACAGCCUGGACCCAUUGACGACUCGGUGUUGACACAGCAGGCGACGCAUCGGUCCGAAGCUAUUUGGAAUGGGCGGGAUCCAGGGUCCAUUACCUACCGUAGUCGUAGUUCAGAGUUCUCCAAGCAACCUCCAAUGGUGGACGACCGAGUGAGGAACAUCAUCACCACAGUUGGUUUGGAGGGACUCCUGUGGGUCCCGGGUAGAGAGAUUGACAAUGGCCUGAUAACGGCCUUAGUGGAGCGAUGGCGGCCCGAGACUCACACCUUUCACAUGCCACAUGGUGAGGUGACCAUCACAUUGCAGGAUGUGGAGGUUCUUCUCGGGCUUCCUGUUGAUGGUGAUGCUAUAACAGGGAGCACACAAAAAACUUGGGUGAAUGUGUGCCGGGAGUUCCUUGGCUUUCAACCUGUAACUCAAAACAAUCAUAAGCAACUUGAUGGGCAGAGGAUUCUCAUCAACCGCCUUUUGGAGGAAGUUGCUAACCCAUUGCCGCCUGAUGCUGAAGAGGAUCAGCUGCAUAAGUACGCACGAUGCUACAUCCUAGCGCUAUUGGGGGACACAAUAUUCAUGGACAAAUCCGGCGAUAGGGUGCAUCUAAUGUGGGUGCAGCAAUUGGAAAACCUUCACAACCCACGGAGGUACAGUUGGGGAAGUGCUUGCCUUGCAUGGGUGUAUCGAGAGCUAUGCAGGGCAAGCGAGGACACUAGUCAGAUUGGUGGGUGCUUGCUGUUGCUCCAGUACUGGGCAUGGGCCAGGUUCCCCUAUUUGUGCCCGACAGUUGAGCGAGGCCCGCCAGUGGGUGCUUACGGUCCUCCAGUACGUGGUCCACUAUCCCUGAAGUAA